GUUCAACUGAAAUUUACAGUGAACUUCACCCUGUCCAACCUUAACUUCAGCCAAGAUUUUUUACUUCCUAAUAAUUCAAAUUACAAAUCCACAUCAAGUAAAGUUACUGUUUUGCUUAAUCAGACCCUGAAUGCAAGCAAUCUGUCAGUAGCUUUCUCCGGUUGUAAGUUAAAAUCACUAAGCCAAGGAAUUAGUGUUGGCACAGGAGUGAGCCUCACCUGCAACUUCAAGAACAUCACGUCAAUACCAGCAAUAGACAAAGUGACUGUCUACAGACUAGUGAAGGAGAAAACCAACAAUGGUACCCUCUUAGGGUCAUACAGCAUGGCCAACAACAGCCUUUUUGUCAACGGAUACCAGGAAAUUGAUCCUCAGCCCACUAUUUACUUACUUAAUUUCAAGAUCAAUUUCACCCUCACCAAUCUGCCAUUUUCUCAAAACCUGUCUUCAGCAAACAGCAAAGCAAGUCAAAAUGUAACAUCUCUGAUCUCACAAAUGCUUCAGAACACUAGUAUGGGCUCAGUGUUUUCCUCAUGUAUUCCCAUCUCUUUUAGUCCAAGUCAGGUCAUCGGCACGGCUGUGAGCCUCAGCUGCAGGUUCAAGAAUGACACAUCAGUGCCUCCCUUCAACAAAGUAGACAUCUAUAGACAGCUGAACCAAAAAACCAACAAUGGCACCUUGUUAGGCCCAUACAGCAUAGCCAAAGACAGUCUCUACGUCAACGGAUACCAUGAAAUUACUCCACAGCCUGAUAUUCCAUUACUUUACUUCACUAUAAACUUCACCCUUCCUAAUCUGCCAUUCUCUCAGAACCUGUCUUCAGGAAACAGCUCAGCAAGUCGAAACGUGACAUCUCUGAUAUCGCAAAUGCUUCAGAACACCACCAUGGGUUCAGAGUUUUCCUCAUGUGUUCCCAUCUCUUUUAGUCCAAGUCAGGUCACCGGCACAGCUGUGAGCCUCAGCUGCAGGUUCAAGAAUGACACAUCAGUGCCUCCCUUCAACAAAGUGGACAUCUACAGACAGCUGAACCAAAAAACCAACAAUGGCACCGUUUUAGGUCCAUACAGCAUAGCCAAAGACAGUCUCUACGUCAGCGGAUACCGUGAAAUUACUUCACAGCCUGUUAUUCCAUUACUUCAGUUCAUCAUAAACUUCACCCUUCCUAAUCUGCCAUUCUCUCAGAACCUGUCUUCAGGAAGCAGCCCUGUGAGUCAAAACGUGACGUCUCUGAUAUCCCAAAUGCUUCAGAACACCACCAUGGGUUUACAGUUUUCCUCAUGUGUCCCCAUCUCUUUGAGCCCAAGUCAGGUCAUCGGCACGGAAGUGAGCCUCAGAUGCAAGUUCAAGAAUGACACAUCAGUGCCUCCCUUCAAUAAAGUAGACAUCUACAGACAGCUGAACCAAAAAACCAACAAUGGCACCGUUUUAGGUCCAUACAGCAUAGCCAAAGACAGUCUCUACGUCAGCGGAUACCAUGAAAUUACUUCACAGCCUGUUAUUCCAUUACUUCAGUUCAUCAUAAACUUCACCCUUCCUAAUCUACCAUUCUCUCAGAACCUGUCUUCAGGAAGCAGCCCUGUGAGUCAAAACGUGACGUCUCUGAUAUCCCAAAUGCUUCAGAACACCACCAUGGGUUUACAGUUUUCCUCAUGUGUCCCCAUCUCUUUGAGCCCAAGUCAGGUCAUCGGCACGGAAGUGAGCCUCAGAUGCAAGUUCAAGAAUGACACAUCAGUGCCUCCCUUCAAUAAAGUAGACGUCUACAGACAGCUAAACCAAAAAACCAACAAUGGCACCGUUUUAGGUCCAUACAGCAUAGCCAAAGACAGUCUCUACGUCAGCGGAUACCAUGAAAUUAUUUCACAGCCUGUUAUUCCAUUACUUCAGUUCAUCAUAAACUUCACCCUUCCUAAUCUGCCAUUCUCUCAGAACCUGUCUUCAGGAAGCAGCCCUGUGAGUCAAAAUGUGACGUCUCUGAUAUCCCAAAUGCUUCAGAACACCACCAUGGGUUUACAGUUUUCCUCAUGUGUCCCCAUCUCUUUGAGCCCAAGUCAGGUCAUCGGCAUGGAAGUGAGCCUCAGAUGCAAGUUCAAGAAUGACACAUCAGUGCCUCCCUUCAAUAAAGUAGACGUCUACAGACAGCUGAACCAAAAAACCAACAAUGGCACUGUUUUAGGUCCAUACAGCAUAGCCAAAGACAGUCUCUACGUCAGCGGAUACCAUGAAAUUACUUCACAGUCUGUUAUUCCAUUAGUUCAGUUCAUCAUAAACUUCACCCUUCCUAAUCUGCCAUUCACUCAGAACCUGUCUUCAGGAAGCAGCCCUGUGAGUCAAAACGUGACGUCUCUGAUAUCCCAAAUGCUUCAGAACACCACCAUGGGUUUACAGUUUUCCUCAUGUGUCCCCAUCUCUUUGAGCCCAAGUCAGGUCAUUGGCACGGCAGUGAGCCUCAGAUGCAAGUUCAAGAAUGACACAUCAGUGCCUCCCUUCAAUAAAGUAGACGUCUACAGACAGCUGAACCAAAAAACCAACAAUGGCACUGUUUUAGGUCCAUACAGCAUAGCCAAAGACAGUCUCUACGUCAGCGGAUACCAUGAAAUUACUUCACAGUCUGUUAUUCCAUUACUUCAGUUCAUCAUAAACUUCACCCUUCCUAAUCUGCCAUUCACUCAGAACCUGUCUUCAGGAAGCAGCCCUGUGAGUCAAAACGUGACGUCUCUGAUAUCCCAAAUGCUUCAGAACACCACCAUGGGUUUACAGUUUUCCUCAUGUGUCCCCAUCUCUUUGAGCCCAAGUCAGGUCAUUGGCACGGCAGUGAGCCUCAGAUGCAAGUUCAAGAAUGACACAUCAGUGCCUCCCUUCAAUAAAGUAGACGUCUACAGACAGCUGAACCAAAAAACCAACAAUGGCACUGUUUUAGGUCCAUACAGCAUAGCCAAAGACAGUCUCUACGUCAGCGGAUACCAUGAAAUUACUUCACAGUCUGUUAUUCCAUUACUUCAGUUCAUCAUAAACUUCACCCUUCCUAAUCUGCCAUUCACUCAGAACCUGUCUUCAGGAAGCAGCCCUGUGAGUCAAAACGUGACGUCUCUGAUAUCCCAAAUGCUUCAGAACACCACCAUGGGUUUACAGUUUUCCUCAUGUGUCCCCAUCUCUUUUAGCCCAAGUCAGGUCAUAGGCACUGAAGUGAGCCUCAGAUGCAAGUUCAAGAAUGACACAUCAGUGCCUGCCUUCAAUAAAGUAGAUGUCUACAGACAGCUGAACCAGAAAACCGACAAUGGCACCUUGUUAGGUUCAUACAGCAUGGCCAAAAACAGUCUCUACGUCAGCGGGUACCGUGAAAUCAUUCCACAGCCUGUUAUUCCAUUACUUUACUGCACUAUAAACUUCACCCUUACUAAUCUGCCAUUCUCCCAGAACCUGUCCUCCGGAAACAGCUCUGCAAGUCGAAAUGUGACUUCUCUGAUAUCCCAAAUGCUUCAGAAUACCACCAUGGGUUCAGAGUUUUCCUCAUGUAUUCCUGUCUCUUUUAGUCCAAGCCAAGUUAAUGGCACAGCUGUAAGCCUCAGCUGCAGGUUCAAGAAUGGCACAUCAGUGCCUCUCUUCAACAAAGUAGACGUCUAUAGACAGCUGAAUCAAAAAACCAACAAUAGCACCUUGUUAGGUCCAUACAGCAUGGCCAGAGACAGUCUCACCAUCAAUGGAUACCAUGAAGUUACUCCAAACUCCUCUGCAGUUAGUAACAGUAAAACUACUCCUCCAGCUGCAAUUUUAAAUAGUGAAACUACUUCUCAACCUGUACAUCGUUACACACAUGUGAACACAACCACAGCCUUGCCUGUGACAGCAGCCUUCCCCAGCACCUCAACCUACGGGACAACUCCAGUGAUUUCUCUGCCUGGCGACAAAAGCUUCAGUUUGAACUUUACUAUCAUCAAUAGAAAUUUCACUUCAGAUCUAAGUAACCCAAACUCAGACCAGUACAAGGAGAUGGUGGCCGAUAUCAUAAUUAAGCUUGCAGGUGUGUACAAAAAUAGCUCUUUAGCUAAUAACUUCAGGUACUGCAAAGUGACAGGUUUAAGGAUUGGCUCUGUGAAGGUGAGCUGCAACUGUUUCUUCAAUGCAUCCAGUGAAACCACAGCAAUGAAUGAAAAUGUUGUAGAAAGCAUCUUUGCCAAUCAAACAAAUAAAACCAGUCUGUUAGGUGGUUUAUAUCAACUUCGACCAGACAGUCUUGAAGUUAAAGGUAACAGUAAAACUACUCCUCCAGCUGCAAUUUUAACCAGUGAAACUACUUCUCAACCUGUACCUCUAAACAGUGAAACUACUACUCCAUCUAUGAUCCUAAAAAGUGAAACUACUGCUCAAUCUAGUAUCAAUCCAUUCCCUUUGACUUUUGUUGUCACUCAACUUUCACCUACAUGUGCUCAAAAGCCUUCUAAUUGUCCAACUAUGUCAAGCACGUUUCACAGUCUGGUUGACGAACUGUUCAAAAAGAGUGUGAUUAACUCAUCAUAUGAAAGUUGCACAAUGCCAGAAUUAAGCACUGCUGGUGAAACGAUGCUUAAAGUGAACAUGUCUUGCCAGUUUAAGCCUAUUAACCAAAUCCUGAGGUCAGAUUCAGACAAGGAGAAUAUUUAUAAGGUCUUCAAAAACAUGACAAAUGAACUUCAAGAUCUAGGCCCAUUCAAAUUAGACAAAAACAGUCUUUUUGUUAAUGGUUACACACAGGUGUACACAACCACAGCCUUCCCCAGCACCUCAACCUACGGGACAACUCCAGUGAUUUCUCUGUCUGGCGACAAAAUCUUCAGUUUGAACUUUACUAUCAUCAAUAUAAAUUUCACUUCAGAUCUAAAUAACCCCAACUCAGACCUGUACAAGCAAAUGGUGGCUAAUAUCACAAAUAAGCUUGCAGGUGUGUACAAAAAUAGCUCUUUAGCUAAUAACUUCAGGUACUGCAAAGUGACAGGUUUAAGGCUUGGCUCUGUGAAGGUGAGCUGCAACUGCAUCUUCAAUGCACCCAGUGGAACCACAACACUAAAUGACAAUAUUGUAGAAAGCAUCUUUGCCUAUCAAACAAAUAACACCAGACUGUUAGGUGGUUUCUAUCAACUUCGACCAGACAGUCUUGAAGUUAAAGACUCACCUAUUUAUGUUCCUCCCCCGAAAUGGGAGCUGUCUUUUUGGGCCAUCAUUCUUAUUGUUAUUGGAAUCUUCGUGGGACUACUGUUGCUCUGUCUUCUCUGCUUCCUGGCCUCACUGCUGAGACGUCAGAAGCUCAUGGACUCAUAUAAUGUAAUGAAUCUCCCCUAUGGCCAGUAUUAUUCUCAUCUGAAAUGAGUUAUGUACCUCCGAGAAUGUGGACUCAUCAGGCUGGACCAGAUUUCAGUCUGUUUUUAGCUGUCCUGUCUAAAUGUGUUUACUUUCCAGCUUCCAAGGGCAACAAAUGAUUGUCUCAUAAACCUGUUCUUUGUUGAUUACAUAAUUCAAGAUUGAAUUUUGUGGAUAAUCUGAAUGUUUUAUUUUUUAAUUAAAACAAAUAUCAAUUGUAUGAAAAUCAAUAUUUACCAGGACGAACUCUUAGAAAUAAGAAGAGCUAUAUCUUUUUAAUUGUGGUCUACUAAACCAAUGGAAUUUCAUAGUCAAUGAGACUUUGCAGUGGAGUCUGAGUCCCUUAAAAUUUAAGGAUUGUAAAUUUGAGAUGUCCACAGACUUCAGACCAACAGGUUUCAAAAUAAAACUUCAGUGGCCUUCACUCCAAAGUAAUUGAAACACCAAGGUAACAACAUUUGAAACUAUUGUGCUUUAACAAAAAAUCUGAAACCUUUUUUUAAUGUGCUCUUACUUUUAAUAUCAUUUUUAUUGCUACAAUAUGUUAAUGACAUAUUUUUCCAAAAUUCUUUAUAACAUGUCACACAGUUUUAUUGAGAUACUGCAAGAAAGUAUUUAACCUAAGAAUAUUUUACAUUUUAGUUUACGAAAUUCUUGCAAAUUUAUAUUUUCUUUUUCUUUUUAUCAAUAUCUUUAUCGUCUCUGUUAGUAUGAUUGUAAAAAUGGCAGGACCAUAAAUUUUCUUGUUAGAUUUUAAAUAAAUUAUUAUAUGCAAGCAUUUUAAAA